CACUGCUAUUGCACUCUACUACUAUCCGCACAAAAAGGUUGUCGAUCGUCGGAGAGGCAUCCGCCGUGCAAAACGAACGCGUCUUAUCACCCGUACUCAACUCCGUUGCUUGACCAUCCGACCGACCUCGCUCGCAGAUUCAAUAGGCCUGGGAUUCAAUAAAGCUCUUCCGAUCAUGUGUGGGAUAUGGGCGCUCUUUGGAGGCACUUGGUCACCGAAAAGCAGCGAGGAUGUGGCCCGCCUGACAUCCUCUGCCGCCAAGGUGAGCCAUCGAGGGCCCGACGGAUUCCGUUUCGAACACGUCCCCGACGUGCCCAACUGCCCAUGUUUUCUUGGAUUUCACCGGCUGAACAUCGUUGGGGGAUCGUACUGGAUGCAGCCUAUGCGGUUGAAGCAAUAUCCUCACUUAUGGAUGAUAUACAACGGCGAGAUAUACAACUUCAAGAAGGUCCAAUCGGUUUAUAAUCUGCCUUAUGAGACCGACGUGGACGGAGAAGCUAUCAUUCAUCUCUAUGUGAAAGGCGGGGUUCAUUUCGCUGCUUCCAUGUUAGACGGCGUGUUUGCCUUCUGCAUACUGGACACCAGCAAAAAACAGGUUCAUCUUGGACGCGACACAUAUGGGAUCAAACCACUCUUUACUUCAACUCAAAGUGAUUCACUCUUACUCUGUUCCGAGGCCAAAGGGCUCGUCAGUCUCUGCAACGGAAGUGAUAUCAACUGGUUCCUUCCGGGUCACGUUCAAACUUUCAACAUCCUUCCUGAUGGAAAAGUCUCAGCUGCAUCGGAUCCAGUCCGAUUUCAUUCGAUCGAUUCUAAACCCAAGUCGAAUGAUAUCGAUCCUGACAUGAACGUCGAAUUCGGUCUAUCUGAUGACAUCCUAUCAAACGUCCGUCGUCUUUUUGAGGACGCUGUUAGAAAACGGUUGAUGAGUGCUCGACGCAUUGGAUGUUUAUUGUCAGGUGGUCUUGAUUCCAGUCUUGUCGCAGCCUCGGUCUCUAAAAUUCUAGGUGAACAUCCAAGGGGGUACCCGCUACAGACAUUCUCUAUAGGGAUGGACGGAAGCCCGGACAUAGCUGCAGCAAGAAAGGUAUCCUCUCAUAUCGGCAGUGAGCACCACGAAAUCACAUUCACUGUCCCACAAGGCAUUGCGGCUGUUCGUGACGUCAUCUAUUCCCUUGAGACAUAUGACAUCAUGGGCAUCAGACCAAGUAUAGCUAUGUACUUCCUGCUCAAGUACAUUCGCAACCAGACCGAUACAACGGUUGUCUUCUCUGGCGAAGGUGCGGACGAGCUUGCUCAAGGAUACCUCUACUUCUACAAGCAGCCGAGCAUAGAGGCGGGGGAUGAAGAGAGCAGGCGACUCCUACGAGAUUUGUACAUGUAUGAUGUCCUCAGGGCAGAUCGUGUGUCUUCGGCACAUGGCCUUGAAAUCCGGGUGCCCUUCCUCGACCACCUCUUCACAUCGUACUACCUCUCUCUCCCUCCGGAGUUACGUCGACCGAUCAACGGUAUCGAAAAGUUUCUGAUCCGGAAGUCCUUCGACGAUGGAGAUUUCCUUCCGGAAGAGAUACUGUGGAGGACCAAGGAAGGGUUUACUGACGGCGUGUCUUCGGUUGAGAAGUCGUGGUAUGUUAUCCUCAAGGAGCACUUCGAACAACAGAUCACAGAUAAUAUGAUGGAUGAAUCUCCAAUUACAUUUCCUUUCAACCCUCCAACAACAAAGGAGUCCUACUACUACCGAAUGGUAUUUGAAGAGUUCUUUCCGGGGAGAGCUAAAUGGACUCCUUACAUAUGGAUGCCUAGUUGGGUAGGUGACGUAGAUCCUGCAGCUCGGGCCCUGAAACACUAUGCUCAUGGCGAACACGACGCUUCCAGAGGGCGCCAGUUUUGCCUUGCAGACAUCCUUGGGAGUACCAAUGACCAUCGUGUGUAGGGGUAAAAUUGAAUGGACUGAUGCCCCGCCGGCCGGGUGGCUAACGUAGAUUCUGUGGACCUUAAUUACACAGUAAAAACACUGUUUAAGAUGUUAUACAACGCUGUUUACUAUAUGAACCUCGCAGUAUUUGUUUAACCGUUUAAACAAUCAUGUUUAAUUUAUUGAAGAUUAGGUAUCGAAAAUUAAACUUUGUAGCUUAAAAGAUUUUAAACGCUUGUUUAAACUUUUCAAAAACAAUUACUGUAAGGUUCUUAGGUUCAUAUUGUAAACAGCGUUGUAUAAUUCUUUUUUUUACUGUGUACGCUUCAGAACUAUGCUCAUGGCAAACACGAUACUUCCAGAGGGCUCCAAAUUUGUCUUGCGGACAUCCUUGAGAGUACCAAUGACCAUCGUGUAUACGGGUAAAAUUAAAUGGACUGAUGCCCCGCCGGGUGGCUGCCGUAGAUUCUGUGGGCCUUAUAUGCGCUUCAGAACCAUGCCCACGGCAAGCACAACACACUUUGAGAGGGUGUCAGACUGUCAGUUUUGCCUUGCGGACAUCCUUGUGACUUCCAUUGGUCCAGUUCCAUUGGUCACGGCCGUCUUGGUUUUUUUUUUUUUUUUUUUGGUGGGGAACGAGGGAAGGUUAACAUUGAAUGGAUUCGUUACACGUGGAUACCUCUUUGGGAGGGUGUUGUAGACCCUGUAGGCCCCCCCCCAAAAAAAAAAAAAAAUUCUCAAUUUCUGUACAUUAUUUGCACUUAUUUUGAUUGAUAUUCACUGUUAUUCGUUUGUGGAAUUUUUUCUUCACCAUUUUGAUUCCAAUCGUCAUUGUCAAAUUCGUCACUAUCGUGAUCCCUCUUGUGUUUUGAGCAAUAUAUAUAAGAUCAUGAAUGUUCAUGAAUGCCUGCAAAUUCCAAUAUCUGACGCCAGGGAGUCAGAUAAGCAAUGUACCUGUUUUUGUCUGUGUGUUCAUUAAAU